AUGUUGCCGAUCGUGUUUCUCUCCACUUUGGUGGCCUCCGCUACUGCAGUGACCACCGCCAGCAACUAUACCUUCCCUGAGGGAUUCGAUCUGAACCAGGUGAAACCCACGGAUAAGUCUGCCUGGUGUCAGGCCGAGCGGAACGCCUGCCCUAAGAUCUGUGGCGGAGUUGCUGAUAAGAACAAUUGCGACCCGCAAACUCUUGAUUUCACUUGCACAUGCUCCAAUGGUACCGAUGCAGACGUCGCAUCUUACGCGGAGACUAUCCCCUUCUUCGUCUGCCAGGAGAACUACCGCCAGUGUAUCGAACGCUCCACUGACCUUGACGGCGACGAGAAGUGUAAGAAGGCCCAAAGCCAGUGUGGUUCGAAAAAUGCGUCCGAUGCCUCUGGCUCAUCUUCAUCGACUACCACCGCCACAUCCUUGCCUACCUCGACUGGUUCUUCGGGAUCUGGCAAUAGCGAAAGCUCAUCCACCGGCACCGCGACGAGCAGUGGCAGCACAAGCAGCACUACCGCUAAUGCUGCUGUGCGUAUGGCCCAGGACCAUGCGACAGGAAUCUUAGCAACGGUACUCUUCUUGGGUCUCCGUCUCGUUCUGUAA